UGGUGCUUAUGAUCAAUGGAUUAGGUGCCACACCUCUGAUGGAACUGAUGAUUGCAUCCGGAAAAGCAGUACCUAAGUUGCAACUGGAACAUGGAUUGGCCGUUGAUAGAGUAUAUACAGGAUCAUUUAUGACUUCUCUUGAUAUGGCAGGUUUUUCAAUUUCCAUCAUGAAAACAGAUCAAGCUAUUUUGCAACUUUUGGAUGCGCCGACAAGGGCUCCAGCUUGGCCUGUUGGUGUUGAUGGUCUGUAUUAUUUUCUAUUGUUGCUUCUUCCUUUUGUGUUCGUUUUUCUGAUCCCCUUUGCAUAG